AAAGGCGCUGCUGACGGCGGCCCCGCACAACCCGCCGGAGCAAAGGAGGAAGGGGAGGAAAAUAAUCCGCAGGCGGAUACGCAUGGCGCCGAGGUUUCGAGAGAAGAAACAACUGGGCCGUCAGGGGAGCACGGAGGACUGGGCGGGUCACCGUCACGAGAAAAUGAACCGUCGCCAUCAGGAGAAGCGGAAGGGCACUCAGCAUCGGGUGCUUCUACUGGCGUAAAGGCCGCCGAAGUUCAGCUUGGGGCUUCGCUGGGCGGGCCAAGCGACGCUGAGACAUCGCUAGGCGAAGGACAGACAGAGGACAGUCUGCAGGGGCCACCACAUGCAGCGCCUUCGACAGGGCUCGACGGCCAAAGAACGGUACAAGAGGAACAACACAAAACGGACUUGAGCACGCCUGAAGAAGUUCCAUUAAAGGGAGCAGACGUCUCGGCAACCCAAGGUGAUGAACACACUCAAGCCUUGAAGAAUACAUCAGAUGUUAAUGCUCAAGAAACAACCGAAAUCGUUCCCUCUAAAACUCCCGAUGGUGCUGCCGGCAGCCCUCAGGUGGAAGAGCUCACCAAAAGUGUUCGCAACGACGCCACGGGGCACGGUGUCGCAGUGUCAUCGGCACCGACGGCAGGGAAAACAGAAGAAGCAUCGACACCACCAAAGCCGCCAGCGCCAACUGAAGGGCCAGUGGAAACAGGGAAGGAGACGGCAUUGGGGAAGGCUCCUUCGAAGGAAAAUGGUGUCGAGGAGAGUCUGGUCAAUGAUGGCAAUAACGGCGAUGACAAGAAAGCUAAGCCCAAAGAAGCUCUGCCGGUCCCAGCUGUCACAAGUAAUACACCGGAUGGAAGGGCAGUGGAUGCACCUCAACCCACUGCCCCUUCGGGCGGCGGUGGCACUUCAGGCGAACAGGCUGGAAAGAAGGCUGAGGCGAUUGCCGAAGAUUCUGCAGGGCCUGCUGCCGCAGCGGCCCCAGGAGCCCAACAGCAAGGUGUAGCUGCCGCUGGCACACCGACGAGCAACGAGAAGGAGCCGCUGCCAACAGCAAGGGACACCGCCACUGAGGCCAGCCACGCGGCGACGACGACUGACGGUGGCAGCGGCAGCAGCCCCGCGGCGCAGCCGCAGCCGGGGAGUUCAGUGGGGACAAACGAAGCUGGCCAGCGAGAACAGGAGCAGCCCGCAGCCACCGCACCCAAGCGGGAAACGGAAAAGAGUGGUGAGAGAGGAGAAGCCACUCAGCCGGCAGCGGGGGCGGCUGCUCAAGCGGCGAACACCACCAACAACUCGACGAGUGCAGCGAAGGCGGCGCCCGGCGACAUCGACGGCAGCAGCACCGCGGCCGCGCACUCCGCCUCCCCCCUUGCGCUGCUUCUUCUGCUUGCGUGUGCGGCUGCCGCUGCGGUGCUGGCCGCGUGA